UCCAGACAUUUACAGACUUUUAAAACAGUAAUAAACUGACCGAUUUUCUUCAGAAAAUAAUAGAUGUGUCCCAGCAUGCAAAGAAUUACGAAUCAAAUACCGUUCAUACUUUUACCAUUUAGAUUUUUUUUAAGAAAUUUAGAACUUAAUCUUUCACGGAAUCUUUUUGGUCUUUUUCGGAGUAACGAACCAAUGAUCUCUAAAUGCGCAGGUAUCCUUCUGUUGAUCAACAGCAUGCGGCAGCUGUUCAAAUCGUAAAAUUAUUUCCACAACUUAGUAAUACGCGAGUCACACCAACUGCUCCUGAUGAGUCAUUUUUCUUUUGGCGCAACGGAGGCAAGGAAAAGGGUGCUCAUACUGGCAUGAUAUUUCAUCGCAUCCGGAAUGUCAUCAAACAGCUACCUGCAGAAAAACAUAAAUAUAAUCGAGGAACUAUGCCUGUAGAAGAGUCCGUUUCAACUGAACUUGUAGAGCGGGCUCAAUUGCUCCGAGUAAUGCUUGCAUCGGCAUCAGUAGCAGAACAUAUUUGUGAUGAAAUGGACCGAUGCUUUCCAGUCCUCAAACUGUUAUUAAAAGAAAAGAAACCCGUUAAUGAUAUCUUGGAUAUGUUUCCACACCUGUGUUCAUAUGAAGGAUUGGUGAUUCGUCAAAUGUUUGAGAGAUUGUAUCCUAACAGAACAGAAGGUCUCAAAAUCGAGGAUGUCUUCUCUCAGUGUCUAUCUUAUUCACCGUCCAGAUUCUCUAGAGUAGAAGAUGAUCACAUUCGAGGAUGCUUGAGAAUAAUUUCUCAUAUGCCAAUUCGCGGACAAAAAAGAACGCUGGUAGGCUGUCCAACUGUAGGCGAAGAACAUUCGGCUUCAAUUUUAAUUCGUUGGAUUGGGGAGUGCUUAGAUACAUACAUGGCAUCCCCCGCAACUGAUUCCAUACUACACAUGGUGUGCGUAGCAAGCCCGAUGAAAAGAGGAAAUUAUGCCGUCAUUUGUGAGAAAAAAAAUUAA